AUGAUCGGACUCAAAGGAACAUUAAAUGUCAUCGACAACUCGGGCGCUCUGAUCGCCGAAUGCGUGAACGUCCUCAAAGCCAAGUCUGCCCGAGGGAUGGCUACUGUCGGCGACGAGAUUGUCGUAGUAAUCAACCGAGCCCGACCCAUCUCUCAAGUCACCUCGGGUCCAUCAGCAGCAGCCACGUCAGCGAGCAACAUCCAAAAAGUCAGGCGGGGGGAUCUCAGACGGGCGGUCAUCGUACGGACGAGGUUUCCCCUGAGACGGGCUGAUGGGCGGAAUAUCAAGUUCGACGACAACGCUUGCGUACUACUGAACAACAAGGGAGACAUGAUCGGAACCCGAGUAAACGGGGUCGUUGCUGCCGAACUGCGCGAGGUGCAAGGCGGACCAGAGGGAAGUGGGGGAAGGUGGAGCAAGAUCUUGAGUUUGGCUGGAAAGGUGAGUGACAGCUAG